AUGGAUCUGGAAGGCUUCAGGGAAGCAGCGAGGUCGUCCAUUGACGAGAUUGUAGGAUACUACCAGAACAUCGUCGAUCGUCGAGUCGUUUCCAGCGUCAAACCAGGCUACCUACGCGAACUGGUUCCCUCUAAGCCUCCAGUCGAAGGUGAACAAUGGAAGGACAUCCAGAAAGACGUGGAAGCCAAGAUCAUGCCCGGCAUCACGCACUGGCAGUCGCCCAACUUUAUGGCAUUCUUCCCAUGCUCCUCUAGCUUUCCCGGAAUGCUUGGAGAAAUGUACUCGAGUGCGUUCAACGGCUCUGCCUUCAAUUGGAUCUGCUCCCCUGCCGUCACCGAGCUCGAGACCAUUGUAACAGACUGGCUUGCCGACAUGUUCAACCUGCCCGAGACCUACCGAUCCUCUGGCAGUACUCUCGGAGGCGGCGUUAUACACGGUACGGCAUCCGAGGCUAUUCUUACUGUCAUGGUGGCAGCCCGCGACAAGUACCUGCGAGAAGCAACCGAGGGCGUACCUGAAGACCAGCUCGACGACGCCAUGGCCGAUGCGCGGAAUAAGCUGGUAGCCUUUGGCAGCGCUACGACGCAUUCUAGCACUAAGAAAGCUGCCCAGGUCUCUGGCGUCCGGUUCAUGGAAAUCCCCGUGUCGGCCAAGAACAACUUUGCUUUGACCGGUGCCGAUGUGAAGGCCGCCGUGGAGAAGGCCCACGCCAAGGGGCUUACGCCGUUCUACUUGACCGCAACCCUUGGGACGACAGACUGCUGUGCCUACGACGACUUUGAGUCUAUUGCGGAUGCUCUGCAAGAGGUUGCCCCGCCCGGUAAGGGAGAGGUUUGGGUCCACGUCGAUGCGGCCUAUGCUGGUGCUGCGCUUGUCUGCCCCGAGUAUCACCACCAUUGUUUCCACCGGUUUCACAGCUUCAACAUGAAUCUGCACAAGUGGCUGCUGACGAACUUCGAUUGCUCCGUCACCUUUGUCCAGAAGCGGAGCUACUAUAUUGACGCCUUCAACAUGACUCCCCCGUAUCUGAGAAACAACUACUCGGAGAGCGGCUUGGUGACUGAUUACCGCGAUUGGCAGAUUCCCCUCGGUCGUCGUUUCCGAAGCUUGAAGGUGUGGUUUGUGAUCCGGACAUUUGGCGUCAAGGGUCUACAGGAGCACAUCAGGAAGGGAAUCCGCCAUGGUGAUCUCUUUACACAGCUAGUCAAAGAUCGAUCGGACUUGUUUGAGAUUGUUGCCGUGCCACGGUUUGCUCUGGUUGUCCUCAGGCUGAAGGGCGCUAGGUCGGAUGACCAGAAUGCGUUGACGGAAAAGGUGUACACCACCAUUAACGAGGAGGGCAAGAUUUACCUUACGAGCACAGUUCUUGAUGGUAGUAUCUAUGCCAUCAGGUUCUGCUUAAGCACGCCAUUCGUCGAGGAGGUUCACGUCAGAGAUGCGUUUGACACACUUGUCAAAACGACUGAGAUGGUGUCGGGUGCAUUAAAGGGAUUAAAUGCAGCUAAGCUCUAA